AUGAAGAAUUCUGAGGACGUACAUCAGCAUACCGAGGCAGUAUAUAGGGGCCUGACAGAGAACUUUAACCCAGGGAUAAAACAGGUCUUGUUAUGUGGGAAAGCCUACCACAAAGCCCUUCAAGGUUUAACUGCAUCAGCCAGAGCAUAUUCAGAGUCACUGCUCAAAAUUGGUGGCAUUUCAAGGUCAACAUGUAGAGGAGGAACAGAAGAAGUAGGUGAAGCCAUAUUCCAGAUAGCAGAGGCACAGAGAGAUAUUCAAGCCAGAAUAGAAGAAAGUACAAAGGCUUUAUUUUCUGAGCUUAUUUUACCCUUGGAGCAGAAACUGGAAAAUGAAUUCCGAAGAUCAUCUGUCCAACAUAAAAAGUACAACCAUGGUCACAAAACUGUCCUGGUGCCCUAUGCCAAAGCUCACGACUCCCUUAGGAAGUUCAGAAAGAAAACUAAGAAUAAACUUGUGUAUGAUGAACAAAAGGAAGGACAGUAUGUAAAAACAUUGAGUAAAUGUCAGGAAAAACUGGAUGAAUUCCGCGUGCAAGGUUUGAAGCUCGCUUUACUCGAGGAAAGGAAAUGUCAUUGUUUCUUGUUAGAGCGACUCUCCAGUAUAGCAAGCAUGAAUGCAGCACAUCACAGACAGGCAACAGAGAUGCUGUCUAUGGGAUUGCCAAGCUGGCGACACCUAUCAGCCAAGCCUCACAUCUUACCCGCGGAGGCUGACAGGUUACUCAUGAUACAGAGGGAUGAGGAGUUUGAGCAUGCAAAUGGAUCUAUAUACCGUGUCAGUAAUGGGUAUGUACCUGAUGAGACUCGAUCUGUAGGUACACCCUAUAGGAGAUCCAGGAGCUACCAUGAUGGGCCUCGAACACCAAUGGACUACAACGGAGAUUUUUCAUAUGCAACAAGAACCAUGCCCCCAUCACGGGGUAUCAGUGUACCUCCUCCCCCUCCCCCGGGCCAGUCCCAGGUGAGAGCAAUCUAUACACAUGCUGCUGAGGGAGAGAGUAAGCUCAGCUUCACAGAGGGCGAUGUCAUCAACCUUAUAGGCGAGCCUUCCGAUGGAUGGCAUUAUGGACUAAAUAACCGCAGUGGCAGGUAUGGCUGGUUUCCCCUGUCCUUUACAGAGCCAAUGAUAGACAUGCAAGGCAGAGAACAAAUGGGUCAUCGUGUAAAGAGCAUGGGUGAUCUAGACACAAGAUCACUUUCCGAUGGUGGAAGCUUUCUAGUUGAUGGAGAUAUUCCUGGAGCUGCGCGACGUCCAAAGUCUGUUUACGAGGGUUCUGGACUAAGACUUGUUAACAAUCCAACUCAGAAUGUGGCGACCACUUCUGGUUAUGGAAACCGUCAAUCAUCGAGUAAUCCUCCUCCCCCUCCACCACCUGUGUCUUCAUCAUUCCAAGAUGACAGCCGGCCAGGACCACCUACUUCAAUGCCCCCUCCACCUCCAAAGAUGUCCAAUGGACAAGGGGGUUCACAUCCAGCAGAGGACUACGAAACUGACGAAGAGGACACAAAGUCUAAUUCAGUCAAUGUCACUAGGAUGGUACAGCGGGUGUCAUCUCAAGGUCACUAUACAGUCUAUAUUACAGUUAUCUCCUCUUUACAAUGA